AUGGACCUGCACGUGCGUCUCACCUGGCUGCUUCUGCUGAGCACCACGCUCCUGACUGAACCAGCAAGUGGAGCUUGGUGGAACCAGGCAGAUACAGACCUAAAAUCAAUAUGGAACAAAUUUGCCGAGUGGAUUAAAGAAAAAUUGGAGCAAAAUGUUCCACCACAACCACAGCUGAGACUGGAAUCUGGAGGGCACCGAUGCGCCGGGAGGGUUGAAGUUUAUCAUGAUGGAAAAUGGGGCACAGUCUGUGAUGAUUAUUUCAAUAUGAACAGUGCCAACGUUGUGUGCAGACAACUUCACUGUGGCCAAGCUGUCUCUGUCCUGGGACUGUCUUACUUUGGCCUCAGUGGAAAAGUUAUCCAGUUGGAUGAUGUGCAGUGUAGAGGAACUGAAUCCCACCUUUGGGACUGCCGGCAUGCCGGCUGGGGCAAGCACAACUGUGGACCCAGUGAGGAUGUUGGUGUCAUCUGCUCAGAUGCAACACAAUCCACGGUUGCACCAACAGUCCCAGAUGUGUCUUCUGCACCCACCACUGUCACGGAGGAAAUGACCACAUUAGUUCCUGAGACCCCAGCCACAGCUGAUGAAGCCUCUGCAAACACUUCAGAACCCAACUUGUUGCCUGCUGCACUUGAAGCAGAUGUGACAACCACAGCGGCAGAAAUCCUUUCCACACUGGCUGAAGCAACAGUCUCUCCUACUGCUGAGCCUGCAGAAGUAACCACAACAACAGUCUCUCCUACUGCUGAGCCUGCAGAUGUAACCACAACAACCAUCGCUCCUACUUCUGGACCUGCAGAUGCAACCACUUCAACAGUCUCUCCUACUGCUGAGCCUGCAGACAUAACCACAACAACAGUCUCUCCUACUGCUGGACCAGCGCAUGUAACCGCAACAACAGUCUCUCCUAGUACUGCACCAGCAGACAUUACCACUACAACAGUCCCUCCUACUGCUGAGCCUGCAGAAGUAACCACAACAACAGUCUCUCCUACUGCUGAGCCUGCAGAAGUAACCACAACAACCAUCGCUCCUACUUCUGGACCUGCAGAUGCAACCACUUCAACAGUCUCCCCUACUGCUGGACCAGCACAUGUAACCGCAACAACAGUCUCUCCCACUGCUGAGCCUGCAGAAGUAACCACAAUGCCAAGUUCACCUGCUGCAUCAGUUCCUCCACCUCCUGAAACAACAGCCAUUACCACAGGGGUGCCUCGCUGUGGGGCUGCACUUCAUGAGCCCAACAAAGCAUUAAGGAUUGAGCUAAAUGCAAAUGCAAGCUGCACCUGGCAAAUCCAGAGGAAUGCAAAUCAAACAAUUAGGCUUAUUUUCUCCUAUUUUAAAUUUGCUCCUUCUUCAAGCUGUGAAACAGAAAGCAUUAAAGUGUUUGAUGGUCCCUCCGCUGCUUCAGCUCUCCUUGGACAAGUGUGUGAUGACACAGAUGCAGUCCCAGUGCUUGAAUCAUCCUCAGACAGUUUAACUUUUCUCAUAACAACCAACUCCGUGACUUUCACACGACACUUCUUUGUCUACUACUACUUCUUUUCACCAGGAUCAAAAACCGAAAACUGUGGGGGACAAUUAACUGGUCCCAAUGGGACAUUCAGCAGCCCCAACUACCCAGCACCUUACCCUCAAUUCAGAUACUGUGUCUGGCACAUACAAGCACCAAAAAACUCAAAGAUAAGCUUGGAGUUUCAAGAUUUUUUCCUGGAAUUGGACAGAAACUGCCAGCUUGACUUCACAGCAGUCUAUGAUGGCCCCACCACUCACUCUGGGCUCUUGGGGAAAGUGUGUGGGCGUGCCCAGCCCACCUUUGAGUCUGCUUCCAACACGAUGACAGUUGUGCUGUCCACAGAUGACACCAAUUCCUACAGAGGAUUCUCAGCUCAGUAUUCCACUGCUCCCCUGCCAGGCCCCAUGGAGCCCAACACAACCCUUACAUGCUCCUCAGACAGCAUGAGAAUUGUUCUGAGCAAGUCUUACCUGGCCUCCCUUGGCUUUAGGGAAGCUCACCUGCAGCUGAACGAUCCAUCUUGCAGACCAGUUGUAACAGAUUCAGUGAUCUUCUCCUUCCCAUUGGCCAGCUGUGGAACAAUUAAAAAGGAUGAAGGGCACAGCAUCACUUACACCAACACCAUCUCCCUGGCUGCAGCCGGCAGCGCCAUCACCCGCCACAGGAACACCGAGAUCACUGCUCAGUGCACAAUGAGCAACAACGAAACCUUGGAGCUCAUCUACACCACGACAAACAAUGCCAUCCAAAACCUGGCUGCUUGGGGGAGGUACAACGUUAGCAUGGCCUUCUACGAGUCAGAUUUGUUCUCCAAGCCCAUCCAGUACUCCCCAUACUACGUAGACUUGAACCAAACUCUCUUUGCUGAAGUGACUCUUCAUUCCACUGACCCAAACCUGCAGGUGUUCAUUGAUACCUGCACUGCAUCUCCACAGCCUGGUUUUGGAUCACUGACAUACGACUUAAUCAGGAGUGGCUGCAAUAAAGAUGACACUGUGGUAACCUACCCAGCGUUUGAAAACCACGGAAGAUUCAAAUUUAGGGCCUUCAGGUUCCUGAGGAGCUUCCCAUCAGUUUAUCUCCAGUGUGACGUUGUGAUCUGUGACAGCAACAGCACCAACUCCCGCUGUGCCAGAGGCUGCAUCUCCAGGCAGAAAAGAGCCAUCUCUCCCUACACGUGGAAAACUAACACUGUGGUGGGUCCCAUCCGCCUGAAAAGAGAUCUCAGGGCUGCUGAGCACUCAGAAUUCCUCACUGAAGUAGAAGCUGAAAAAACACCAAACCUGCAACAAUACAACUUCUACACUCUGGCAUUUGUGGUUUUAAUUUCAAACAUUCUCAUUGUGGUAGCUGUGAUACUGAAGCAUCACAAGCACCAGGAAGGAUAUGGCAAUCAAAAUGUCCAGAGGUCAUUUUAACUACUUCUGGACAAUUCUAUUUAGUGUCAACUGCUGUUCAUAUUUGUCACCCAGAGAGGGAAGAGGGAAAAGAUAAAAAAUCAUUAAAUUAACAGCAUUGGAACUCAACAAUACUCAGAAAUUCAUUUCAACUUCUUUGGUUAUCAAAUAAAAAAUCCAAACCCAAGACCGUCUCAAUUUAAUACUUUAUCUCAAGUCACUGAGUUGAAAAUGUGUGUGUACCUCAGGAUAGGCUACACCUUUACAGGUAUGAAGUACAAGAUAAUUAAGAUCCUUUCAUCUAAAAAAAAAAAAAUAUUUUCCCUUUUUUAAUCACUUUGAAACUGCACCUGGCAGGAGUUAUGAUCAGGGACAAGUGCAAGAUGCCUUUUCAGAGCAGAUUAUCCUCUUCCAAACCUGCUUCUGUGUGUUUGCUACCACCAGGAUCUGACAGUCUUCAAAAUACAUCAGUUUUCCUGGAAAAGGAAGUAUCAGGCAGAGUAAAUGAUAAUGGCUUGGACAUGCUUAUGCAUGCUUUUGAGCCAACACUUGCUUCCCCAUCAACAGCUUUUGCCAGGAAUGUUUGUGCACCCAACUGAGGGGUUUGCCAUGAACUCCCUACACCCUCCAAUUUACACCCCAGAAUCCAAGAGCAGCAAACAGAAUGAAGUUUGAAACUCAACCUGCCACAGAAGAGGGAUUUGGAGUCACAUUCCUACCUCCCCAAAUGACAGCAAAACUGAUCCCAACGGGUUAAAGGAAAUGUGAUGCAGUAAGGAAAACUCCUCUGGUCUUCUGGAGCUACCCCAGCACACCCUGUCUGGGAGCAACACCCACUUGAGAGGAACCAUGGAUGAAGUCCUUGCACUUCUUAGGAUAACGAAACCUGGAUAAAGUCUGCUGAGUUCACAUUCACUGCACUUGCUCCUGCACACUCAGCUAGUUCAGGAGGGAGAGAAGCAGCACAGUCUUGUUUUAGGUAUCUCUUAAGGAGCCUAGACUCCAAAUUUAGGUGCCUGUACAGCCAACAAGGCUUGCAAAGAACCCAGGCUGGGUUCACAUUCCCUCAGCUUUCUUUACAAAGACAGCUCCAUAAACUGCCCAAAUUAGGCAGUGACAAUCCAACCUUCCUUUUAGAGAU